GCUGAGCGCCUUUGCCGUGACCGAAAGGCAGCUCGGGGGCAACCAGCCGCCUCCCCGAACAGAAUAUAUAUAGUCUGAUAUAUAUAUGGAUGAAAGGGUUUAUCCGGAGUUUCCAUCUGUAUGCUAGUCUUCCCGUGCCUUGGCGGGGACAAAUUAGGCAGGGCGAUUCCGCUCCACCACCCACCCACCGUGCCUAACAGAUAAAACGGCGAGGGAAGAGUCACUUGCUUAACUUCUGUAUGUCCGACUGCUGAUGAAGCUACAGGAAAGGGGCCAGCAGUUUUCACUGAAUCCUGAAACUGCAUUCUCUUAUUUCAUUAUCCCAAAAGCAAACAGCAGCUCGAGGACUGGCCUAGCAGUGCCUAAAAAGAACUUGGCCCAGCAACAACAAGGAGCAGAACUUCUGUUCUCCUUCACUGAAAUGUACUAUGGAAGAUGCUGGAGAAUAUGAAGUAUAUAAUGGAGCAAACCAGAGGUAUUGUGUGGAGAGGAAGGUGUAUACCCAAGGAACCCUUCAAGAGCAGCUGCACAAGAAGGAAAAGACGUCUGUACCUCUUGGUCAGAAGAUAGCACAUUCUUGCCGUUGUUCUUCCAAGAAAGCCAAAUCUGUUCUCUGUAGUUUUUUCCCAGUUUUUACAUGGCUCCCUCGCUAUCCAGUGAAGGAGUAUUUGCUGGGAGACAUUAUCUCAGGUAUAAGCACUGGAGUCAUGCAGCUCCCUCAAGGUUUAGCUUAUGCAUUACUGGCAGCAGUACCCCCAGUAUUUGGACUGUAUACUUCAUUUUAUCCAGUCUUUCUGUACACUUUAUUUGGAACAUCCAGACACAUAUCAAUAGGAACGUUUGCUGUCAUCAGCCUGAUGAUUGGCGGAGUGACUCGCAGAGAAGUUCCCGAUGAAAUGUUCAGUGUGCCAGAUGCCAACGUUACGAAUGGCACAGAUCUUGUGAACAGCAAGGCCAGAGAUGACAUGAGGGUGAAAGUAGCUGUUGCCGUUACCUUGCUCUCAGGGAUCAUACAGUUGUGUUUAGGACUUCUUCGAUUUGGAUUUGUAGCCAUUUAUCUUACGGAGCCCCUGGUACGGGGAUUCACCACUGCUGCAGCUGUGCAUGUUUUUACCUCCCAGUUAAAGUAUCUGUUUGGGAUUGAGACUUCAAGCAUCAGUGGAGCCCCCUCCAUUCUUUCUAGCUUAUUUGCUGUAUUCGCAAAUAUCACAAAAACCAAUGUAGCAGCUUUAGUUGUUGGACUAAUUUGUAUGGUUUUGUUGCUGAGUGGUAAGGAAAUCAAUGACCGCUUUAAGAAGAAACUUCCUGUCCCCAUCCCUAUGGAGAUCAUUGUGGUGGUAAUCGGUACUGGAGUUUCUGCUGGAAUGAAUCUGUCAGAAACUUACAGAGUGAACGUUGUUGGGAAUAUCCCCAAAGGGUUACGUCCUCCACAAGUACCUGAUGUCAGCCUCAUCCCAGCAGUAUUUGUGGACGCAAUUGCAAUUGCACUGGUUGGGUUUUCCAUAACAAUCUCAAUGUCCAAAAUCUUUGCUCUAAAGCAUGGUUAUACAGUGGAUGGCAAUCAGGAACUCAUUGCAUUAGGCAUAUGUAAUUCCGCAGGAUCCUUUUUCCAAACAUUUGCUGUCACUUGUUCAAUGUCCCGGAGUCUCGUUCAAGAGGGUACUGGGGGAAAGACUCAGGUUGCUGGCACUCUGUCCUCAAUCAUAGUUUUCUUGGUCAUUGUUGCCAUUGGUGACCUCUUUGAACCUCUGCCUCAGGCUGUGCUUGCAGCGAUUGUAAUGGUCAAUCUGAAAGGAAUGUUCAAACAAUUUGGAGAUAUCGCUCACUUCUGGAGGACCAGCAAGAUUGAACUGGCUAUCUGGAUGGUGGCUUUUCUGGCCUCUGUUUUUAUGGGGUUACACUACGGUUUGCUCGCUUCAAUAACAUUUGCAAUCAUUACCGUCAUGUACAGAUCUCAAAGUGCUGAGCCUGCUGUAGAUUUUUACUCAAGAUUUUGGCACCAACUUGCACUCUGCUUCACAGUGAGCAAUGUCGCAAGUGGCAGAACCUGUUUUGCUUCAUAUAGUCCACAAUACAAAAUCCUUGGACAGAUUCCCGACACAGCCAUUUACUGUGAUGUUGAAGAGUACGAAGAGGUGAAAGAAUGUCCCGGAAUCAAAAUAUUUCAGGCAAAUGCCCCAUUCUAUUUUGCCAAUAGUGAUUUAUAUAUCAAUGCACUGAAGAAAAAAACAGGUGUGGAUCCCACUGCAAUAUUGGCCGCAAGGAAAAAAGCCCAGAAGAGGCAUGCCAAGGAACUGAAGCACCUGCAUGAGCACAAGAAGAGAGCUGUCUUGAAAAUGACAAAUGACACGGAGAAUACUGCAAAACAUGAAGUGAUGAACAGUGAGCUCCCGCUUAAUGGAAAAUUCUCUACAGCGGCGUCUGCUGUGCCAGACUCAUCUCCUGAUGAGCUCGAACAGUUUAUGAAGCAAGUGACCAAUAUUCACUCAAUCAUUCUGGACUUUUCACCAGUGAACUUUGUGGAUUCUGUUGGAGUAAAAGCCCUAAAAUCGAUCAUAAAAGAGUAUGAAGAAAUUGGUAUUUCACUAUAUAUAACAGGCUGUAAUGGAUCUGUUUUGGACAACCUCACUAGACUGCACUUCUUUGACAAGCCUAACCUGAAGCACGUGCUCUUCCCCACUAUUCAUGAUGCUGUACUCACUAGCCAACUGAAAGGCCCAUCUGCCUUAGAGACACCAUUAGAUGCUGUCAUUUGUACUCCUGCAUCAUAAAAGAUUUUGGCAGUGCAUUCAUUGACUUCCUAGGGCUCCUUUUCAUUAAUUUGCACAGAUUACACAAGAGCCCCAAACUAGCUAGUCUUACGGGUAUAUGACAUGGUAGAAGGGCAGUUGCUUUUUGCUGGAAGACUGAGGAAAUUGAAGCCUUAAUACUUUCAAAACUUUUGUGCCAGCAGAGGCCGGAAAAACACUUAAACACAAGUGUACAAAACUGAAGUAUGUAUUUUCCUGCAAACAUUCUAGAAUGUUUUCAAGUUUUCUUCUUGUGCAAGAGAUGUCUGUUCAGUAUGUUACAUUUUUAGCAGUGUUUUUACUGCAGAUUAGAAAUUGUCAUGUGUGGUGGGGGGGGGGGCUGCUCCAUGAUUCUUGCUCUCCCGAGAAUGUAGCCAAAUGUCUCACUGUUUGAUAGUGUCCUUAUACUGACUGCAUUGUACAACUGUCUUCAAGAAUUUUAGAGCAGAUUUCCAACUUGACACUAGAUAGACGUAGCAGCUCUAAAAAAUCAUACAAAAGACAUUUCCAGGCUUUGAGUCAAGCACUAGGAUGACCAUGAUGUUACCAUUGUGUCUUUUUUUAAAAUGAAAUGUGUCAUAGCCCCUUAUGGUCCAGUACUAGCUUUUUAUUAAGUUAUUUUCAUGUGCAGCAAGUAACUGUGCUUGGCACCGUGGCAACCCUGAAGCGGGCUUACAGUUAGUUGAGCGUGAAAUGGAACAACUAGGAGCCAAACGAAAGAAACAAAGCACAUUUCAAAAUGCAACUGGCUGGCAGUCACCUCUGUGAACCAUAAACUUGAGGAAUGGUACCUCCCAAAAAGAUGGGAUUUUGUUUACUUCAUAUGCUGCAAAGGUCAGUUUUUCAAGGUCAUUUUUAAAAUUAAUCCUGCUUUAUCUGCCAUUUCUCUUGAAUACAGUGAAGCUACCUACUGCUGUGUAAUGAGCAGUGUACAGUGCAGAAGUGUCAAACAGGCAAUUACUUUUCUAUUACUCUGUCACUUGGGCCAUUUUCAUUCUGUUAGCUCAAAUGGCGUAUGAGCCUGCUAAUGGCCCAGUACUUCAUGUGGAGGGUUAUGCAGUAUAUUUCAAAAUGCAUGGCUUCCACACACUCCUGUCCCAGUCUUGCUUCAAGCUAGUGUGUUUAGCCCAUUUUAUUAUGGUACACCUGUCUAGGUACCGCAACAGGAUUGUCCAGCUCUAUUCAGUUAGGACAAAUUCUGUGCCUACACUAAAAGUCCCUUUAACUCAUGGGUGUACCUGCAAAAGCUCCCCUCCCCCAACUGUGAAAAUGACCUCAAUUUAGUUGGUCAUGUUCCUUUUCCAUUUUUUAAACUUGUUAUUUAUCACCAGUCCAAAAAAGAUCAGUAGCUUCAAAUGUAAAAUGCCAUCCAAACCACCAAUUUGAAAAAGGAGGCAUUGAGCUAAUCAUUCUUUGUUUGUCAUUUCUACUGACACUAAUUUGCUGCACUGCAGCAAAGCAACCCCAAUUUAUAUAUGGGAAGACCAAAUGUCUGAAACAGACUUUGGAGCGACUCAGAAUGCACUGUGAGUGUAUUAGGUGGUAUUUUGAUACAUUUUGUAAUAUGAAUUGUGACUACAUUUUUGUGUAUUUUGCUACUCUGCUGAGUGUGCAAGCUCUUUUGCUUUUAUAACUAAACAUUGCUUUCAAGUACUUUCAGAAGUGUGUAACAAUCCAAAAUAAAAAGCUAUUCAGACUA